AUGCAAGAACGCCAUUGAAAAUACACCUAAGUAACUUGUGAAUUCAUACGUUUGCUUUUGCAACAAAUUCACUAAACAAUUUGACAACUUAUCACUGAACAUCGCAUCAAGUUAAAGCGGAACUGCAAAAUGGCGCGUGCCCGGUCUCCCACCGCCGAGGGCGAAAAGGAAAAUAAAGAGAAGGAUAUUAAAGAGAAGGAUGCUAAAGCCGCAGCUACAUCGAACUCGUCGCGCAGAGAGAGGGAACGCAAGCGACGUGGCUCCGCCUCCUCAAGCAGCGACUCCAGCAGAAGCUCAUCGGGCAGCACCUCGUCGCGGAGUAGCUCUGGGUCAGAUUCACGCUCAAGCUCGAGCAGCUCCAGCGACUCAUCCAGCUCGUCGAGCUCAUCGACCAGCGAUUCCGAUCGCAGCGGGAAGAAUCGUCGUCGUGCCGCGAUCGCCGCCAGCAAGGAUGCAUCCCGUUCGCCAAGACGUACCACCAAAUCCCCGAGGGCCAAUAGCAAGGUGCGCAAGGAAACGGAACGCGAGCGCACGGAUCGUGAUCGGGAUCGGGAUCGUGUGCAGCGCAGUCGCAGCCGUUCCCGGGAUCGUGCACGUCGCAGUUCCAAUGAUCGUGGAGGCGUCGCCAGUGGCGCAACUGCUGCUGGUGCUGGUGGCGAGGCGAAUAACGUAAAUAAACGUGAACGUUCCCGUUCCGGCAGUCGCUCGCGUUCACCACGUCGUCGUGGUGGUGGCGGUGCUGGGCGCGGCACUAUCGAACGCACUCCGCCCCCCAAGCGUAGGGAGCGCUCGCGCACCCGCAGUCGAAGCCGUUCGCGCUCACCCACCCCAAAGCCGGUGCGCAUCCAUGUGGGUCGUCUCACACGCAACGUGACCAAGGAUCAUGUCCUGGAGAUCUUCAGCAGCUUUGGCACCGUCAAGAAUGUGGAAUUUCCCACAGAUCGUUAUCAUCCGAAUUUUGGACGCGGCAUGGCCUAUGUAGAGUACGCCACCGCCGAGGAUUGUGAGUCCGCCAUGAAGCACAUGGAUGGCGGGCAGAUCGAUGGUCAGGAGAUCACAGUAUCGCCCGUCAUUGUGCCAAAGCAGCGACCGCCAAUACGUCGACCAUCGCCCCAGAUGCGCCGUCCCCAAGGCAACCGAUGGCGUUCCCCGCCCCAAUUCAAUCGAUUCAAUAAUCGAGGCGGCGGCGGUCGACGCAGUUCACCAAUGCGUGGUCGACGCAACUCUCCCCGGCGUCGCUCACGUUCCCCGAUUCGUCGCCGUCGUCGCAGCAAUAGCUCGGAUAGCUCCCGUUGAUGAAGUUCAUAUUUAUAUAUAUAGUAAACAACUACUCCUAUUGGUAAAUGACAUCAGCGAGAAACCACAACUAAUAAUGCACUUCAUUUCAAACUUAUGUAAAAUCGGAAAAAACAAAAAUAUUUUAAAAUUAGACACGAAAUAUAUUAAAAUACAAACACAAAACCUUUG